AUGGAGGUAGUGGCAGCCAAGCUGCAGAAUGAAAUAUCGAUGGCCGGCCCGUUUGCAUCCCUGCCUUUCCCAAACCUACGGGUUUCCCCAUUGGGUGUGGUUCCAAAAAAAGAACCCGGAAAAUUCCGGUUAAUCCACCACCUUUCCCACCCAAAGGGCAAAUCGGUUAACGAUGGUAUUAGCAAGGAAGCAGCGGCCGUUUCGUAUGUGUCCUUCGACCGUGCGGUAGCAUUAGUACGGCAGGCAGGGAUUGGUGCGCUCCUAUCUAAGUCAGACAUCGAGUCCGCCUUUUGCCUCUUCCCAGUACACAGUGACUGCUAUCACCUCCUGGAUUGCCAGUUUGAAGGCCAGUUCUAUUAUGACAUGUGCCUCCCUAUGGGCUGCUCAAUAUCCUGCCGUUACUUCGAAUGCUUCAGUACCUUCCUCGAAUGGGUAGUCAGACAGGAAACUGGCCAUAACUCAGUCAUUCACUACCUGGAUGACUUCCUGUUCGUAGGCUCCCGGUCAACCAACGUGUGCCAACUGCUGUUGAGCACAUUCCAAUUUUUCAUGCAAAAAUUUGGGUUUCCCCUGUCAAAAGAAAAAACGGAGGGGCCAACCACUGUUUUAUCUUUUCUCGGCAUUGAGAUUGACACAGCAGCACUGGUCUUCCGCCUCCCUGAAGACAAACUGCAAAAACUAAAGGUGACCAUUUCUGAAAUCCAAGCGGCAAAAAAAGUGACGCUCCGUAGCAUGCAGUCCCUACUGGGCCUGUUGGUCUUUUCGCGCCGCAUAAUGCCCAUAGCACACGUUUUCUCGCUGAGGUUAUCUUUAUCCACGAGGGGCAUUAAGCAGCCCCAUCACUUCAUUAGAAUUACCAAACAAUUACGUGAGGACCUGAAGGUCUGGCAAACAUUCUUAGAAAAGUACAAUGGUCACACCUGUUCAUGGACACGGAAUUAUCCAAUGAGGAACUGAGCCUGUUCACCGAUGCGGCUGGCUCCGCAGGGUUCGGAGCGAUUCUCGCUCAUGACUGGUGUGCAGAGCAAUGGCCAGACAGCUGGCCAGUUGUUGGUCUAUGCAAAAACUUAACCCUUUUGGAGCUAUUCCCCAUAGUUGUAGCGGUGGAAAUCUGGGGAGAGCGAAUAGCUGGGAAAAAGAUAUGUUUCUGGACAGAUAACAUGAGCGUAGUAUUUGCCAUAAACAGGUUAACCUCCUCAUCCCUCCCCGUACUUGCUCUGUUGCGACACUUAGUUUUGCGCUGCCUUGAACUUAAUAUAUGGUUCCGCGCCCGGCAUGUGCCAGGUCGCAUCAAUACUGCUGCUGACGCCCUUUCUCGUUUUCAGUGGCGGACCUUCAGGGAACUGGUGCCAACUGCGGUAGAGGAGGGAGCAGCAUGCCCAGCAUUCCUUUGGCGACUGGUGGAAGACAACUGCUGAGCCUGGUUAGGUCCUCCCCGGCAACGUGGCAAGCAUAUGGUUGCAAUACGCCAGUAGUUCUUUUGGUUGGGCACUCCUACCUCCGUCGGGCAGAGAAGCGGGCUGCAGUUCGGCCAGGCGGCAGGAACCUUGGUCUCCACGGGGUUGACAUGGUAUGGAAGGGUAUUAGCGGUUUGAAGUGGCUGCAAGUCCUUCCGGAAGUGUUUGCGUUCCGCUAGUGCUAGUCAUCCAUGCAGGAGGUAACGACUUAGGAGCGGUGAAAGUAGCUGAUCUCUUAACGCUGAUUAAGUCGGAUCUGGACCACUGUGCCUCCUUGUUUACUAACCUGAUCAUUUUAUGUUCAGAAAUUGUCCCCAGGUUGGCCUGGAGGGGAGUCCGGGACCCAGCUGCAAUAGAUCGCACGCGCAGGCUGCUUAACGUGAGAAUCUCCCGCUUCGUUAAAAGCAAAGGGUGGGUAGCGUGGCGACACACCCACCUGGAGGGGGAAACAUUCAGAUUCAUGGCACCUGAUGGAGUACAUCUUAAUGAUAUAGGUCAUAAUAUUUUCCUAUCUGGCCUACAGGAUGGCAUUGAGCGUGCGCUAGGGCUCUUGGUGGGUGGAGUCGUAGUUCAGUGUAGGGAUACAUGAACUCCUUCUGGCGGGGGGGUAGUCCUUAGCCAUUUAAGUUCUGAUGUUGUCUUAUGGCUUCUACAUGCCCACUGCGUUCGCAGUGGCCGGCAUUCGUUAACAAAAUGGUUUAAGAGGUUUGGAAAAGUUCAAUGUACAUGGCAAGGACUAAUUUUGGUUUAUAAUAAAGCUGUGGCCACCCACACAACGGUGUCUUUGCGUCUUUUGUCAGCUAGGUGCAAGGGGUAGAGUGAUAAUGGGAGGGAACAAGUCUCCAAAGUCUUAUAUUUUACCAAAUGUAUCAUGUAUUUUUUUGUAUUUUUUUAUUCAAAAAUUUUCAUUCAAAAUAUGUCAUAUAAGGUCAUGUAAAAAUAAAACAACAGUUUCAGUCAGACAAAGAGUAAUAGUUCUUUGUUAGCAGAGAUCACCUUGGCUCUGUAGUUUCUGACACUCUUGUUGUGUAAAAGCAUUUUAGAUUUUUUUGUUCUUUUGUCAACCUUUUGAAUGUCAAGGGGUUAUAAGGUUUGUGUGCCCAUCCCCUUUUGUAAUGUC